GCUGGAGUAGAACUCACUGAAACUGGGAAGGUGUGGUUACAGAAAGAGCUAAAACCUUCCCAAAUACUAUGGUUCCAACUUCUUGGAAAGGAGAAUUCAGCACUCUUUUGCUAUCUUUUGGUGAAUAAGGCAUGAACUAUUAGGGAAAUGCGAAAUCAAUUUAAUGGGUUGCCUGCCACCAGCAAUAAAAAAGAAAAAGAGAAAGGAACAGAAGAGUAUAAAAUAUACUGGAGUGUAUUGCACAUAGCAAAGGAACGAUUUAUAGGAACCUCCUGUUGAUAAUGCUGGUUUACAGAUGGAUCUUAUGUGAAAGAUGAGCAGAGAUAUUACUGACCUGGAUAUGCAAUAACUUCCGUGGUGGACAAAAUUGAAUUUCCAAUUUACCUGACUGAAAUAAGAUAUGUCCAACAAGUUGCGACCGACAGCUGCAGAAGAAGAAAAGGAGGAUAUGGCAACAAAAAGGGGGAACCUUUGACCCAGACAAACAGAUACAGCUUGAACCCAAUCAGAAACCAACCUUCCCUAUAGGGGCUCAAUUGCCUGUAUGUCAAAACGUGAAUGACCUAACAUUGGGGUCCUGAAAAGAUGAUUUCGUGGAGUAAACAAUAUUACUGGGAACUUUCUCUUACUAUAGCUCAUAAAGUAUGUAGCAGACGUUCUAUCCAUCCAAAAUAUCACCCGGAAAAUCACUCUAUGGGUCCCAAGGACAUUUCCCACUUCCUUUAGGUCCACUUGAUGCCACCUCAAGGAUACAAAUAUGUGUUAGUUAUGAUUUGUAUGCUGCCUCACUGGGUUGAGGCAUUCCCUUGCAGGAGAGCAACAGCCUGAAUUGUAGGCAAAUUAUUAUUAUUGGAAAAAAUAAUCCCCAAUUGGGAUAUUUCCUCUGAGUUACAUUGUGACUGAGGGACUCAUUUCACUGGGCAAAUAAUGGAAUCCAUUUGUAAUAUUUGGCCUCUUCUACAGCAUUUUCAUUGCACUUAUCACCCCAGUCCUCUGGAUUAGUAGAAUGUACAAUGGUACAAUUAAAACUCAACUAGGUAAAAUUUCAGAAGCUUUUAAUUUCCCUUGGCCAAAAGCUCUCCCUAUAGUUCUUCUCUACCUGAGAUCUACUUCUUUUGGUAAACAGCCUUUUUCCUCAUAGUCACUGGCACCCAAUGCAUCUGGGUGAAAGCACUUAUGAACCAAUCUUACUAAAAGGAGAUAUUCGACAUGACCAACAAGGACUUAUUAGCAAGCUUAAAGAAAUUGAUAAAUGAGUAACUGAUUCAUUCACAGUGUGCACCCAGCAGAUAGAGACUUCAAGGACCAUGACUUACAACAAGAGAUUUUGUCCAUUGGAAAAGACAGCAAUUAAAGACUCUCCAACCUCACUGGAAAGGACCUUAUCAGGUAUUACCAGCUAAUCUAUGGGCAGCCAAACUUAAAGGAACUAACUCAUGGAUUCACAUUUCUCAUUUAAAAAGGGCGCCCAACAGCAAAUGGACAUCUGCCCCUGUCUGACACUUGCCUUUGUCUAUAGCGGACAUCAAAGACUCCUCAAGGAUGAGAAGUCACCGACACCAGUAGUAGACAGCUCUUCCAAGACAUCAGAAGGCCUGUAUCCCCACAUAAUUGAUCUCGAACUUAAAAAAAAAAUUUGUUUGAUUGUCUUUACCUGUCUGCUAAUAAUAUUAGUCAUAAUAAUAGUUAUACUUGUUCUUUGGGCUUUUCUCAAACUUUAUUCUUAUAUAACUCACUGUUAAUAAUUGCUGAAGGUGUAUAAGAUAACUUUUAUAUUAUCAAUAAUACUCUUUUUAUGGUUUCUCUUUUGAAAUUUAGAAGGAAUGUUACUGAAGAAGGAAGAAAAGGGAUGUGUGAGUGUGUUUGAGAGAUGUUAAAGGAAGAAGUUUGUCCUAAUACGUUGGUUAUUUCUGAAUGAGUAAAAAGAGACAAAGUGAGAAGGACUGUGGAAGUUGUAGAAAAUGGAAAAAGAAUUUUGUGAAAGGAAUUUUAUGUAUAAAUGCUAGAACCCAGUUAUGGGAACAUGCUUAUUCCUAACCCAACCAAGACUAAUAACUAUGUUAAUUCAGAUGCAAGCUGAAGUGGCUAUAUAAAAAAAAAAAAUGGCCCUUUGUAACAGCUGUUGAGGCAUAGGACAUUUACUUAUGAAACGUUUACUGUCCUCCUAGCCUCUGGAAAUUUUUAGAUGCUAAUUAUAAUUCACACCGUUGUGUUCUUACAGUCUUAGCCCUGAUUAAACCUUAAUUGCACAACUAGCAGGAAUCAGAUUAAUGGUGAAUGAUACUCGAGUGUUUCCAAUGAGAAAUAGAUGGGCCAUAUUAAAAUAACAACAAAACAACAACAACAACAACAACAACAACAUCGGUAAGUAGGAACCCAUCGCAUGGUCAGAUUGUGAAAACCGAAGAGGUGUAUGUUGUGCCCUCAGAUUAUAGUAAAUGUUAAACUAGAUGAAAAAUGCAGAAAAGUGAGACAGCAAAACUUGGAUCAUGAUAUCUUAUAGGUUAGAAAUGAUCCAGUUUUUUUUUCUUUAAUGAAGGCCUAUAAGACCUGACUGCCUCCUAUUACCUGCCUUUGCCUUUCCCUUUUGAGAAAAAUUCAGCCUUGACUUCCAUCCAAGAUUACCGUCUUGCCCCACCCCCAGUGGUACACCAUUACAGCAAGACAAAUAAAUGAUGACGCCAUGAUUUCCUAGGAAUAAGUCUCCAGAGCACCAUGGGACCACAGCAUCCAACCAGGAGAUGAUAAAAGCAAGAAGGCCUCUCUUCCCUCAGGGAUCAGGAGCUGAGAUGAUGGAAGCCUGGAGCUGUCCCUGGAUUUUGGAGUUGGAGUCACAGGAGCCAAUAACUCAUCGCCCCAGCCCUUUGGAGAUUGCUCCUCUGCCGAAGACUCCGAAGAAUCCAUCUACCGAACACUCAAAGUUGAGCAGGGCAAUCUGGUUUUGAUGCUGUGACAGAGAUUCUCUGACAAUGAGUUACUGGAACUCGGGGAAAAGAAACGGUGUGCGGUACCGCAGGCAUUUUCUGGUGGACAACGGUGCAUUUCACGUUGAAAGAUGCAUGGGUGUAAUGCAGUCCGGGACACAGAUGAUCAAACUGAAGCGCGGGACCAAAGGGCUUGUCCGGCUCUUUUACCUGGAUGAGCACCGGACCUGCAUCCGAUGGAGACCCUCUAGGAAGAACGAGAAGGCCAAAAUACUUAUUGACUCCAUUUACAAAGUCACCGAAGGUCGGCAGUCUGAAAUAUUCCACAGACAGGCUGAGGGGAACUUUGACCCCAGCUGCUGCUUUACCAUCUACCAUGGGAACCACAUGGAGUCCCUGGACCUCAUCACCUCCAACCCUGAGGAGGCCCGCACCUGGAUCACAGGCCUCAAGUACUUGAUGGCUGGCAUCAGUGAUGAAGACUCCCUUGCCAAAAGGCAGAGGACCCACGACCAGUGGGUGAAGCAGACCUUUGAGGAAGCUGAUAAGAAUGGCGACGGCUUAUUGAAUAUUGAAGAGAUAUACCAAUUGACGCAUAAACUAAAUGUCAAUCUACCCCGAAGAAAAGUCAGACAAAUGUUUCAGGAAGCUGAUACAGAUGAAAAUCAGGGAACUUUGACAUUUGAAGAGUUCUGUGUUUUUUACAAAAUGAUGUCACUGAGACGGGACCUUUAUUUGUUGCUCUUGAGCUACAGUGACAAGAAAGAUCACCUAACUGUGGAAGAACUGGCCCAGUUUUUGAAGGUGGAUCAAAAGAUGAAUAAUGUGACAACAGACUAUUGUCUUGACAUCAUAAAGAAAUUUGAAGUUUCAGAAGAAAAUAAGGCAAAAAAUGUUCUUGGCAUAGAAGGCUUCACGAACUUCAUGCGUAGUCCUGCUUGUGACAUAUUUAACCCACUGCAUCAUGAAGUAUACCAGGACAUGGAUCAGCCCCUGUGCAACUACUACAUUGCUUCCUCUCACAACACGUACCUGACUGGGGACCAGCUCCUUUCUCAGUCCAAAGUGGACAUGUACGCUCGGGUGCUACAAGAGGGCUGUCGCUGCGUGGAAGUUGACUGUUGGGAUGGUCCAGAUGGAGAGCCAGUCGUACACCAUGGUUAUACUCUCACUUCAAAAAUUCUCUUCAGAGACGUUGUGGAGACCAUCAACAAGCAUGCCUUUGUGAAGAACGAGUUCCCAGUCAUACUGUCUAUUGAGAAUCACUGCAGCGUCCAGCAGCAAAGGAAGAUUGCUCAGUACCUGAAAGGAAUACUCCGGGACAAACUGGACCUGUCAUCUGUAGACACGGGAGAGACCAAGCAGCUUCCAAGCCCUCAAAGUUUGAAAGGAAAAAUCCUAGUGAAGGGUAAGAAGCUGCCUUAUCACCUUGGAGAAGAUGCAGAGGAAGGGGAAGUUUCUGAUGAAGACAGUGCGGAUGAAAUUGAAGACGAGUGCAAAUUUAAGCUCCAUUAUAAUAACGGAACCACUGAGCAUCAGGUGGAAUCUUGCAUAAGGAAAAAACUGGAGUCAUUGUUAAAAGAAUCUCAAAUUCGAGACAAAGAAGAUCCUGAUAGUUUCACAGUGAGGGCACUACUGAAGGCCACGCAUGAAGGCUUAAAUGCACACCUGAAGCAGAAUCCAGAGGUGAAGGAAAGUGGAAAGAAAUCACAUGGAUGCUCCCUCAUGACCAAUUUUGGAAAACAUAAGAAAACCACAAAGUCACGGCCUAAAUCUUAUAAUAUUGAUGAUGAAGAGGACACACAGCAGCAGAAUCCUGGCAAGGAGACUGGCCAGCUAUAUAGGUUGGGUCGCCGAAGGAAAACCAUGAAGCUCUGCCGAGAGCUCUCCGAUUUGGUGGUGUAUACAAACUCUGUGGCAGCACAGGACAUUGUGGAUGACGGAACUACAGGAAAUGUGUUAUCAUUCAGUGAAACACAGCUCACGAGGAUUUACCCCUCGGCUUAUCGCAUCGAUUCCAGUAACUUCAACCCUCUGCCCUAUUGGAAUGCAGGCUGCCAGUUAGUGGCACUGAACUACCAGUCUGAAGGGCGAAUGAUGCAGUUAAAUCGAGCCAAAUUCAAGACAAAUGGCAAUUGUGGCUACGUCCUCAAACCCCAGCAAAUGUGCAAAGGUACUUUCAACCCUUUCACUGGUGAUCCACUUCCUGCCAACCCCAAAAAGCAGCUCAUCCUAAAAGUGAUCAGUGGACAACAACUCCCUAAACCUCCAGACUCUGUGUUUGGAGACCGAGGAGAGAUCAUCGAUCCCUUUGUUGAAGUUGAAAUUAUUGGAUUGCCAGUAGAUUGCUGUAAAGAUCAAACCCAUGUGGUGGAUGACAAUGGAUUUAACCCUAUGUGGGAAGAAACCCUGACAUUUACAGUACACAUGCCAGAAAUAGCUUUGGUUCGGUUCCUUGUGUGGGAUCACGAUCCUAUUGGGCGAGACUUCGUUGGGCAAAGAACUGUGACCUUCAGCAGCUUACUGCCUGGCUACCGGCAUGUCUAUCUGGAAGGACUGACAGAAGCAUCCAUAUUUGUCCACAUAACAAUCAAUGAAAUCUAUGGGAAGAACAGACAGCUCCAAGGUCUGAAGGGACUGUUCAAUAAGAAUCCCAGGCACGGUUCUUCAGAAAACAAUCCCCAUUAUGUUCGGAAAAGGUCAAUUGGAGACAAAAUUCUGCGACGCACAGUCAGCGCUCCAGCCAAAGGCAGGAAAAAGAGCAAAAUGGGCUUCCAAGAAAUGGUAGAGAUAAAGGAUUCUGUGUCUGAGGCUGCGAGAGAUCAAGAUGGUGUCCUGAGGAGGACCACACGGAGUCUGCAAGUGCGCCCUGUCUCUAUGCCUGUUGACAAAAGUUUUCUGGGGGCUUUGUCACUGCCUAUCUCCGAAACAGCAAAAGUCACUGAAGGAAAAGAUAACUCUCUGGCAGAAGAUAAAGAUGGCAGCAGAAAUGAGGAGGCAAAUAUAAAAGACCAGCAUUUUCCAAAUUUCAAUGAAAGGAUACCCUCUUCCUCUAGUGCUCUUCUCCACGAAGACUUCAGCCAAAAGGACUUUGCUGUUUCUACAGCCAACAUGUCAAUCAUUGAGCAGUUGGGAGUGCCAGGUCCUAAGGGUGGGAGAACCAAAUCAAACAUGUCAGGCGAUUGCCCGGAACACCACUGCCCCAAUAAAUCCCUCUCACCAAGUCAGCAUUUGACUCUUAAUCCUGCAGUUAACCUAACAUAUGAUCUGUCUGGUAUGAAAACCAAGGAAAACAGGAAUGCUGUUGGCUUCGUGGAAGGGAAAAGCACAUUGUCAGGAGGCAUCUUUUCUCAAAGCAAUCUGGAGAUUAAGAACUUGGAAGGCAAUUGUGGUAAGAGCAGGGCUGCAACAUCCUUUUCUUUGUCAGAUGUCUCUAUGCUCUGUUCUGACAUACCUGACGUACAUUCUAUGGAGAUUCUGCAGGAUAGUGAAAUUUCCCAUCUUAUUGACAAUGUCACUUUAACCAAUGAGGAUGAUCCAGGCAGCUCUAUCUCAGCACUGAUUGGCCAGUUUGGUGAGACCAGUGAUCAGGCUAACCUCACAGUUGCUUCUCAUCUUCAUAGCACCAGUGUAAUGUCAGGCCAUCCUCCCUUACCCAUUAUGGACAUAAAAACGCCUUUCAAGCAUGGCUUCUCCAAAGGAAAACCCAAGUCCUUCUUACUAUGCUCAUCUCCUGAGCCAAUUGCGUCCUCGAGUCCUGAGACCUCUGAACGCUCAACACAUACAGUUGUUUGUGAAACUACCUGCACUCCCGCUGUCUUUAAAACCAAACCAGAUGAUGACCUUUCUGAUAAGGCCAAGAUGGCAGCCAUGGAAAGUAAUCUGCCUCAUUUCUCUAAUACUUCUCGCUACUGGGUACCCAAAAGUCCCACUGGAAAAGAUUGGGAAAUACUGAAGAACCACAGCCCUGACUCUUCCACUGACUUGACACUGGGAGGUGUAAUAGCUGACCCCACUCUCUGUUUAAAUUCUGGGGAGAGCAGUCUCGUGGAAAUGGAUGGAGACUCAGAAAAUCUGUCUGUAACAACCUAUGAAUAUAUGAGAGAGGGCACAAGUCACGUUGCAUCUCCUUCAAAACUGAAGUACAGUCAGGAUGUGAUGGAACGUAUUCAAAGAGGCUUGAGAAAUGGCUACUAUAAAGAGACUCUCCACCCUUCUGUCUCUGAAAUAUUCAACAAUGUUCAAGAUGUCAAAAAUCAGAGUAUUCCUUGUCUAGCUCAUCAGGGUGCUGGUUUUAUGCAUAAGCAUUUCUCAAAUUCAGAUGCAAAAAUGAAUCAAACCUGCGUGCCCUGGUCUUGUGCUCAAGACUUGCAUGCCCCUGCACCCAGGCAGUCCCCACACCCUCCUCUGCCUGCUCUGAAGCUGCCCAGUCCUUGCAAAUCCAAAAGUCUCGGAGACUUAACAUCAGAGGACAUCGCCUGCAAUUUUGAAAGCAAGUACCAGUGUAUCAGUAAGAGUUUUGUUACAACCGGCGUCAGAGACAGGAAAGCUGUGACUAUGAAGACAAAGUCGUUAGAACCUAUGGAUGGCCUGACCGAGCAGCUGCGGAAGCUUGUGUCCUUCGACCAGGAAGACGGUUGCCAAAUGCUGUAUUCAAAGCAGGAUGCCAGUCAGUUCCCCAGGGCACUGGUCAGAAAGUUGUCAUCCAGAAGUCAGAGCAGAGUGCGCAAUAUUGCCAGUCGUGCCAAGGAAAAGCAGGAAGCCAACAAGCAAAAAGGUGGGAACCCCGGCAAUGUGGGAGGAGUGAUUCUUCGAAACAAACCCUCAGCGCCCCCGUCCACAGGAAACCGGCACUCCACCGGCUCCUACAUUGCGGGCUACCUGAGCAGCGCCAACGACGACGGCGAGGAGGGCCGCGGCAUCCCCGAGGGCGCAUGCGCAGCCCUGCGCGCUGGCCACGCCGACCAGUUUUGUUCGGAUAAUUCCGUUUUGCAGACAGAGCCAGGCAGUGAUGAUAAACCAGAAAUUUAUUUUCUUUUGAGACUGUGA